AAGGAGGGGGCCGCGGAGUUGAGGCAGAGACUGUGGGUGCCACAGGCGGCCACGGCUGGGACAGCUGCGGAGCAGAGCAGCCAACGCCGCCUGGGAGUCCGAGCCGCUGGUCCAGGCGAGGGCUGCCCGAAGUGAGAGCAGCGUCGGGAAGAGAAAGCGGUAGGAAUCAGGCGAGGACAUCCCUGCGGCGGGACAGCAGGACCAGCGGGACCCCAUUAGCCUCCGGGUGCUGGAAGGCGCAGCGGCUUCGGCGACGGAGCGAGUGGCGGCCGGCGGCACCAUGCGGCGAGGCGGGCUGCUGGAGGUCGCGCUGGCGUUCGCCCUGCUCCUCGCGUCCUACACGAGCCAUGGGGCGGACGCUAAUUUGGAGGCUGGGAACCUGAAAGAGACCAGAGCCAACCGAGCCAAGAGAAGAGGUGGCGGAGGACACGAUGCACUGAAAGGACCCAAUGUCUGUGGAUCACGUUAUAAUGCAUACUGUUGUCCUGGAUGGAAAACUUUACCUGGUGGAAAUCAGUGUAUUGUCCCCAUUUGCCGGCAUUCCUGUGGGGAUGGAUUCUGCUCGAGGCCAAAUAUGUGCACUUGCCCGUCCGGUCAGAUAUCGCCUUCCUGUGGCUCCAGAUCCAUUCAACACUGUAACAUUCGCUGCAUGAAUGGAGGUAGCUGCAGCGAUGACCACUGUCUUUGCCAGAAGGGAUACAUUGGCACACACUGUGGACAACCUGUCUGUGAAAGUGGCUGUCUCAACGGAGGGAGGUGUGUGGCUCCGAAUCGGUGUGCGUGCACAUACGGCUUUACUGGACCCCAGUGCGAAAGAGAUUACAGAACAGGUCCGUGUUUUACUGUGGUUAGCAACCAGAUGUGCCAGGGACAGCUCAGCGGGAUUGUCUGCACCAAAACACUCUGCUGUGCCACAGUGGGCCGAGCCUGGGGCCACCCCUGUGAGAUGUGUCCUGCCCAGCCUCACCCCUGCCGUCGUGGCUUCAUUCCCAACAUCCGCACCGGAGCUUGUCAAGAUGUGGACGAAUGCCAGGCUAUCCCUGGGCUGUGUCAAGGAGGAAAUUGCAUUAAUACUGUUGGGUCUUUUGAGUGCAAAUGCCCUGCUGGACACAAAUUUAAUGAAGUGUCACAAAAAUGUGAAGAUAUCGACGAGUGCAGCACCAUUCCUGGAGUCUGCGAUGGCGGGGAAUGUACAAACACAGUCAGCAGUUACUUCUGCAAAUGCCCCCCUGGCUUUUACACCUCCCCUGAUGGCACCAGAUGCAUAGAUGUUCGCCCUGGCUACUGCUACACAGCUCUGACAAAUGGACGCUGCUCUAACCAGCUGCCGCAGUCCAUAACCAAAAUGCAGUGCUGUUGUGAUGCUGGCCGGUGCUGGUCUCCAGGGGUCACUGUCGCUCCCGAGAUGUGUCCCAUCAGAUCAACUGAGGAUUUCAACAAGCUGUGCUCUGUCCCUCUGGUCGUUCCUGGGAGACCAGAAUAUCCUCCCCCACCCAUUGGCCCUCCACUUCAGCCUGUUCCUCCUGGCUAUACUCCUGGGUCUGUGAUUCCAGUCCCUCGGCCACCACCAGAAUAUCCCUAUCCAUCUCCAUCUCGGGAACCACCAAGGGUGCUGCCUUUCAAUGUUACUGACUACUGCCAACUGGUCCGCUAUCUCUGUCAAAAUGGGCGCUGCAUUCCAACUCCUGGCAGCUACCGGUGUGAGUGCAACAAGGGCUUCCAGCUGGAUAUCCGCGGGGAGUGCAUUGAUGUUGAUGAGUGUGAGAAAAACCCAUGUACUGGUGGAGAAUGUAUCAACAACCAGGGCUCAUACACCUGUCACUGCCGAGCUGGCUACCAGAGCACACUUACAAGGACCGAGUGCAGAGACAUUGAUGAGUGUCUGCAGAAUGGCCGGAUCUGCAACAAUGGGCGCUGUAUCAACACGGAUGGCAGCUUCCACUGUGUGUGUAAUGCAGGCUUCCACGUCACUCGGGAUGGAAAGAACUGUGAAGAUAUGGAUGAGUGCAGCAUAAGGAACAUGUGCCUGAAUGGGAUGUGCAUCAAUGAAGACGGCAGUUUCAAGUGUAUUUGCAAACCUGGGUUCCAGCUGGCAUCAGAUGGCCGCUACUGCAAAGAUAUCAAUGAAUGUGAAACCCCUGGGAUUUGCAUGAACGGGCGCUGUGUGAACACUGAUGGCUCCUACAGAUGCGAAUGCUUUCCCGGACUGGCUGUGGGUCUAGAUGGACGUGUGUGUGUUGACACACACAUGCGGAGCACAUGCUACGGGGGAUACAGGCGAGGCCAGUGUGUGAAGCCUUUGUUUGGUGCUGUUACUAAAUCUGAAUGCUGUUGUGCCAGCACCGAGUAUGCAUUUGGGGAACCGUGCCAGCCGUGUCCUGCACAGAAUUCAGCGGAAUACCAGGCACUCUGCAGCAGUGGACCAGGCAUGACCUCAGCAGGCACUGAUAUAAAUGAGUGUGCAUUAGAUCCUGAUAUUUGCCCGAAUGGAAUUUGUGAAAAUCUCCGUGGGACCUACAAAUGUAUAUGCAAUUCAGGAUAUGAAGUAGACAUAACUGGGAAAAACUGUGUCGAUAUUAAUGAAUGUGUGCUCAACAGUCUACUUUGUGACAAUGGACAAUGUAGAAACACCCCUGGAAGUUUUGUUUGUACCUGUCCCAAGGGAUUUGUGUACAAACCUGACCUAAAGACCUGUGAAGACAUUGAUGAAUGUGAAUCGAGUCCUUGCAUUAACGGAGUCUGCAAGAACAGUCCUGGAUCUUUUAUUUGCGAAUGUUCUCCUGAAAGCACUUUGGAUCCAACAAAAACCAUCUGCAUAGAAACCAUCAAGGGCACUUGCUGGCAGACUGUCAUCGAUGGGCGGUGUGAGAUCAAUAUCAAUGGAGCCACCUUGAAGUCUGAAUGCUGCUCUUCCCUUGGUGCUGCCUGGGGGAGCCCGUGUACCGUAUGUCAAGUCGAUCCCAUAUGUGGUAAAGGGUUCUCGAGAAUUAAAGGCACACAAUGUGAAGAUAUCAAUGAAUGUGAAGUGUUCCCAGGAGUAUGCAAAAAUGGCCUAUGUGUCAACUCCAGGGGUUCAUUCAAAUGCGAGUGUCCCAAUGGAAUGACCUUGGAUGCCACAGGGAGAAUCUGCCUUGACAUCCGCCUGGAGACCUGCUUCCUGAGGUAUGAUGAUGAGGAGUGCACCCUGCCGAUUGCUGGCCGUCAUCGUAUGGAUGCCUGCUGCUGCUCCGUUGGAGCAGCCUGGGGAACCGAAGAGUGUGAGGAGUGUCCAGUGAGAAACACCCCAGAGUAUGAGGAGCUCUGUCCCCGAGGACCCGGGUUUGCAACAAAAGAUAUUACAAACGGGAAACCUUUCUUCAAAGAUAUCAACGAGUGUAAGAUGAUACCCAGCCUCUGUACCCACGGCAAGUGCAGAAACACCAUCGGCAGCUUCAAGUGCAGGUGCGACAGUGGCUUUGCCCUGGACUCAGAAGAGAGGAACUGCACAGACAUUGAUGAGUGCCGCAUAUCUCCUGACCUCUGUGGCCGAGGCCAGUGUGUGAACACCCCAGGGGACUUUGAAUGCAAGUGUGACGAAGGCUAUGAGAGUGGAUUCAUGAUGAUGAAGAACUGCAUGGAUAUUGACGAAUGUCAGAGAGAUCCACUCCUGUGCCGAGGAGGCAUUUGCCACAACACAGAGGGAAGCUAUCGCUGUGAAUGCCCUCCUGGUCACCAACUGUCCCCAAACAUCUCUGCAUGCAUUGACAUCAACGAGUGUGAACUGAGUGCAAACCUUUGUCCCAAUGGUCGUUGUGUCAACCUCAUAGGGAAGUAUCAGUGUGCCUGUAACCCGGGUUAUCACUCAUCUCCUGAUAGGCUCUUCUGCGUUGACAUCGAUGAAUGCAGCAUAAUGAACGGUGGCUGUGAAACCUUCUGCACAAACUCUGAAGGCAGCUAUGAGUGUAGCUGUCAGCCAGGGUUUGCACUGAUGCCAGACCAGAGAUCAUGCACAGACAUUGAUGAGUGUGAAGAUAACCCCAAUAUCUGUGAUGGUGGUCAGUGUACAAACAUACCUGGAGAGUACAGGUGCCUGUGCUACGAUGGGUUCAUGGCAUCUGAAGACAUGAAGACUUGUGUAGAUGUCAAUGAAUGUGACCUGAAUCCAAAUAUCUGUCUCAGUGGGACCUGUGAGAACACUAAAGGCUCAUUUAUCUGCCACUGUGAUAUGGGCUAUUCAGGGAAAAAGGGAAAAACGGGCUGUACAGACAUCAAUGAAUGUGAGAUCGGGGCACACAACUGUGGCAGACACGCUGUGUGCACCAACACAGCGGGGAGCUUCAAGUGCAGCUGCAGUCCUGGGUGGAUUGGAGACGGCGUUAAGUGCACAGAUCUGGAUGAAUGCUCUAAUGGAACCCACAUGUGCAGCCAACACGCUGACUGUAAGAACACCAUGGGGUCGUACCGCUGUCUCUGCAAGGAGGGCUACACAGGCGAUGGCUUUACCUGCACAGACCUCGACGAGUGCUCUGAGAACCUGAAUCUCUGCGGCAAUGGCCAGUGCCUCAACGCCCCUGGCGGGUACCGCUGUGAAUGCGACAUGGGCUUCGUGCCCAGUGCUGACGGGAAGGCCUGUGAAGACAUCGAUGAGUGCUCCCUUCCAAAUAUCUGUGUCUUUGGAACUUGUCACAACCUCCCAGGCCUCUUUCGCUGUGAGUGUGAGAUUGGCUACGAGCUGGACCGAAGUGGUGGGAACUGCACAGAUGUUAAUGAGUGUCUGGAUCCAACCACCUGUAUUAGUGGGAACUGUGUCAACACUCCAGGCAGUUACACAUGUGACUGUCCGCCUGACUUUGAGCUGAAUCCAACUCGAGUUGGCUGUGUCGAUACUCGUUCUGGAAACUGCUAUCUGGAUAUCCGGCCCCGAGGAGACAAUGGAGAUACAGCCUGUAGCAAUGAAAUUGGAGUUGGUGUUUCCAAGGCCUCCUGCUGUUGCUCCCUGGGUAAAGCCUGGGGAACCCCGUGUGAGCUGUGUCCAGCUGUGAACACGUCUGAGUACAAAAUUCUUUGCCCUGGAGGAGAAGGUUUUCGUCCGAACCCCAUCACCGUUAUAUUGGAAGACAUCGAUGAAUGCCAGGAGCUUCCAGGGCUGUGUCAAGGGGGGAAAUGUAUCAACACCUUCGGCAGCUUCCAGUGCCGCUGUCCAACUGGUUACUACCUGAACGAAGAUACUCGAGUAUGUGAUGACGUGAAUGAGUGUGAGACUCCUGGAAUCUGCGGCCCAGGGACAUGUUACAACACCGUUGGCAACUACACCUGCAUCUGUCCUCCAGACUACAUGCAAGUGAACGGGGGAAACAAUUGCAUGGACAUGAGAAGAAGUCUAUGCUACAGAAACUAUUAUGCUGACAACCAGACCUGCGAUGGAGAACUCCUGUUCAACAUGACCAAGAAGAUGUGCUGCUGCUCCUACAACAUUGGCAGAGCCUGGAAUAAGCCCUGUGAACAGUGUCCCAUCCCGAGCACAGAUGAAUUUGCUACCCUCUGUGGAAGCCAAAGGCCAGGCUUUGUCAUUGACAUUUACACUGGCUUACCCGUGGAUAUUGAUGAGUGCCGGGAGAUCCCAGGGGUCUGUGAAAAUGGAGUGUGCAUCAACAUGGUUGGCAGCUUCAGGUGUGAGUGUCCAGUGGGAUUCUUCUACAAUGACAAGUUACUGGUCUGUGAAGAUAUCGAUGAGUGUCAGAACGGCCCUGUGUGCCAGCGCAAUGCAGAGUGUGUCAACACUGCAGGCAGCUACCGCUGUGACUGUAAGCCAGGCUACCGCCUCACCUCCACAGGUCAAUGCAAUGAUCGGAACGAGUGCCAAGAAAUCCCCAACAUAUGUAGCCACGGACAGUGCAUCGACACAGUGGGAAGCUUCUACUGCCUUUGUCAUACAGGCUUCAAGACAAAUGCAGAUCAAACCAUGUGCUUGGACAUCAAUGAGUGUGAGAGAGAUGCCUGUGGGAACGGGACUUGCAGAAACACAAUUGGCUCCUUCAACUGUCGCUGCAAUCAUGGCUUCAUACUUUCUCACAACAAUGACUGCAUAGAUGUUGAUGAAUGUGCAACUGGAAAUGGGAACCUUUGCAGAAAUGGCCAGUGCGUCAACACGGUGGGGUCUUUCCAGUGCAGGUGCAAUGAGGGCUACGAGGUGGCCCCUGAUGGCAGGACCUGUGUGGAUAUCAAUGAAUGUGUUCUGGAUCCUGGUAAGUGUGCACCUGGAACCUGUCAGAACUUGGAUGGCUCCUACAGAUGCAUUUGCCCGCCUGGAUAUAGUCUGCAGCAGGACAAAUGUGAAGAUAUUGAUGAGUGUGUUGAAGAACCAGAAAUCUGUGCCUUGGGAACCUGCAGCAACACCGAGGGCAGUUUCAAAUGUCUGUGUCCAGAAGGGUUCUCCCUGUCCUCAACUGGAAGAAGGUGCCAAGAUUUGCGGAUGAGCUACUGUUAUGCAAAGUUUGAAGGUGGAAAAUGCUCAUCACCCAAAUCCAGGAACCAUUCCAAGCAGGAGUGCUGCUGUGCUCUGAAGGGAGAAGGCUGGGGAGACCCUUGUGAGCUGUGCCCCACGGAGCCAGAUGAGGCUUUCCGCCAGAUCUGUCCCUUUGGAAGUGGGAUCAUUGUGGGCCCUGAUGACUCAGCAGUUGAUAUGGAUGAAUGCAAAGAGCCUGAUGUCUGUAAGCAUGGACAAUGCAUCAACACCGAUGGCUCCUAUCGCUGCGAGUGUCCCUUUGGUUAUAUUCUAGAAGGGAAUGAAUGUGUGGAUACUGAUGAAUGUUCCGUGGGCAAUCCUUGCGGAAAUGGGACCUGCAAGAACGUGAUUGGAGGUUUUGAAUGUACUUGUGAGGAGGGAUUCGAACCUGGUCCAAUGAUGACAUGUGAAGACAUAAAUGAAUGUGCCCAGAAUCCUCUGCUCUGUGCCUUCCGGUGUGUGAAUACCUAUGGGUCCUAUGAAUGCAAAUGCCCUGUUGGAUACGUUCUACGAGAAGACAGAAGGAUGUGCAAAGAUGAGGAUGAGUGUGCGGAGGGAAAACAUGACUGCACCGAAAAGCAAAUGGAGUGCAAGAACCUCAUAGGCACCUACAUGUGCAUCUGUGGUCCUGGGUACCAGCGAAGACCUGAUGGAGAGGGCUGUAUAGAUGAGAAUGAGUGUCAGACCAAGCCAGGGAUCUGUGAGAAUGGGCGUUGCCUCAACACCCGGGGCAGCUACACCUGUGAGUGUAACGAUGGCUUCACAGCCAGCCCCACACAGGAUGAGUGCCUGGACAACCGGGAAGGGUACUGCUUCACGGAAGUCCUACAGAACAUGUGCCAGAUUGGCUCAAGCAACAGGAACCCCGUCACCAAGUCUGAGUGCUGUUGUGAUGGAGGAAGAGGCUGGGGACCCCAGUGUGAGAUCUGCCCUUUCGAGGGCACCGUGGCUUACAAGAAACUGUGUCCACAUGGCCGAGGAUUCAUGACCAAUGGAGCAGAUAUUGAUGAAUGCAAGGUUAUUCACGAUGUUUGCCGAAAUGGGGAGUGUGUCAAUGACAGAGGGUCAUUUCAUUGCAUUUGUAAGACUGGCUACACGCCAGAUAUAACAGGGACUGCCUGUGUAGAUCUGAAUGAGUGCAACCAGGCUCCCAAACCCUGCAAUUUUAUAUGCAAAAACACAGAAGGGAGUUACCAGUGCUCCUGCCCGAAAGGCUAUAUUCUGCAAGAGGAUGGAAGAAGCUGCAAAGAUCUUGAUGAGUGUGCAACCAAGCAGCAUAACUGUCAGUUCCUGUGUGUUAACACCAUCGGUGGCUUCACAUGCAAAUGCCCGCCUGGCUUUACCCAGCACCAUACCGCCUGCAUCGAUAACAAUGAGUGCACAUCUGACAUCAACCUGUGUGGGUCCAAGGGUGUUUGCCAGAACACUCCAGGAAGCUUCACUUGUGAAUGCCAGCGGGGGUUCUCACUCGACCAGAGUGGUGCCAGCUGUGAAGAUGUGGACGAGUGCGAGGGCAACCACCGCUGUCAGCACGGCUGCCAGAACAUCAUCGGAGGCUACAGGUGCAGCUGCCCCCAGGGCUACCUGCAGCAUUACCAGUGGAACCAGUGUGUAGAUGAAAAUGAAUGCUUGAGUGCACAUGUCUGUGGGGGAGCCUCCUGCCACAACACUCUGGGGAGUUACAAGUGCAUGUGUCCCACCGGCUUCCAGUAUGAACAGUUCAGCGGAGGCUGCCAAGACAUCAAUGAGUGUGGCUCGUCACAGGCCCCCUGCAGUUAUGGCUGCUCCAAUACUGAGGGUGGCUAUCUGUGUGGCUGUCCUCCAGGGUACUUCCGGAUAGGCCAAGGGCAUUGCGUUUCUGGAAUGGGCAUGGGCAGAGGAGGCCCAGAGCCACCUGCCAGUGGUGAGAUGGACGACAAUUCACUAUCCCCAGAAGCCUGCUAUGAGUGUAAGAUCAAUGGCUACCCCAAACGAGGCAGGAAACGGCGAAGCACAAACGAAACAGACGCCUCGGACGUCCAGGAUGGGUCUGAGAUGGAAGCCAACGUGAGCCUCGCGAGUUGGGAUGUGGAGAAGCCAGCUAGCUUUGCUUUCAAUAUUUCCCACAUCAACCACAAGGUCCGAAUCUUAGAGCUCCUGCCAGCCCUCACCACUCUGACGAACCACAACAGAUACUUGAUUGAAUCUGGAAAUGAAGAUGGCUUCUUUAAAAUCAACCAGAAAGAAGGUGUCAGCUACCUCCACUUCACGAAGAAGAAGGCGGUGGCCGGGACCUACUCCUUGCAAAUCAGCAGCACUCCACUUUAUAAAAAGAAAGAACUUAAUCAGUUAGAAGACAGGCAUGACAAAGACUACCUCAGCGGAGAACUGGGUGACAACCUGAAGAUGAAAAUUCAGAUCCUGCUUCAUUAAUUCACCAUCCAGAGACCAAAUAAUUAAAACGAAAGUAACUUUAGGUAGGUAGAAUUCUAUUUUCCCCAAACCAGACCUUCACAGCAUGGUACAAUCAUUCACCAAGGCGAUCUGUAUAAACGAGCACUCUUCUUGAAUGACAUCAAGGUACAGUGAUGAUCCUAGUUCAAACAACCACUUUCUCAGGCUUCUCAUGAGUAGCAGCUCAGCUACCUUGCCAUACGUGUUGAUUCCUGAAAACUGGGACAUGAAUAUCCACUGAGAUUGGCCAUUCAUGCCAACGGCUACCUUUCCGGCUGCCGCACACGAACAUAUUUCCAUUUGAUGGGCUGUUCCAUUCGUUUUCAAAUUUCAAAACUUUGCUUCUCCAAGUGCGAGUAGUAGGUUGGCCGAUUAUGAUGUCUAUUUGGUGCUAGCAAAUUCUCAAAAUAGAUUUAUUGAUGCACUGUAAUAAGUACACAAGUUAGAAACCAAAUUGCCAAGUAUUCAGUUCAGAUACUUCAUUCAUUUCAAUCAACCAAAGUUAGUUCAGUAGCUUAUCUCACUUAUGAGUAUAAUACAUUACAUGUAAAUUAAGUGUGUGUAUACUGUAAUCGUGUUAUUUUUAUCAUUGAAACAUUUAUAAACUAGAAUAAUAAAGCCCUUAAUGUGAGGGUUUGUAAUGGUGCUUAUUAAGACCAAAGACUUGUUAAACAUCUACAGCAGGUGGUAGUGGAAUCUGUGACUGGCCCACUUGUGCACUGAGGUUGGGGAAGACAAGGACGCAGCCUCAGCCACCAGAGGAUCACCAGUACACCCUACAUCACACCGCAUGUGCAAUAUGCCAAAGUCACUCUCAGUCAUUCCUGUCAACAAGGGGUUAAUGUCAUAAUGUCACAAUAAAGUGAUCCUACCCUCCCUCCCUUUUUUAGUUUACUCCUUGGUUUUGUGUUCUUGUGUGGAUUUGAGGCUGGGGAUGGGGACCUUUCUGGAGGAAAAAUAAAGUCUCUUGGGUUUAAAGUA